ACCCGUAUACUGUUGAAACAAAGACAAAUUUGAAAAAGAAUUAUGCUCAAUUUUAGACUUAUUUUACGUUAUCAAUAGUUAUUGUGAGCUAUUGAACAUUAUUUACAUUUUUGGUGGGAUACAAACCAGACCGAAAUGGAAUAUCUAUUCAGAGAAUUGUUGAUAAGUUUCAUAGUUUUUAGCAGAAUUGUUCCGGUAUAUUCCGCUGGCGGGCCGCCUGGCGGGGGUGGGGGUCCACCAGCCUACAGCAUGGAUCUGGAGACGACGCUAAGGAACAUAGUUUUCACAAACUAUUCGACCCAGCAACGGCCGUCCGAGAAAGUUGUUGUCCAUGUGUCCUUCACAUUGCUGACGAUCAAUGACUUGAAUAUUAAGGACCAAACAAUGUCUACAACGGGAUACUUAACAUUGAGAUGGAUAGACAGUCGUUUAAAAUGGGACUCUACCCUGGGUGGCAAUGACUACAGUAACGUCAAGUUCCUCUUCAGCACGGAGUCUUUUGUCUGGCGACCAGCUCUAAUUGUAGAGAACUCGGUUGCCGAUGUUAAAAUCUUGAGCGAUUCGAACACACCUAUGAGAAUCCGGAACAAUGGAGUCAUUGAGUGGAGUCCGAUGGGGUUAUACGUUGUGAGCUGCGAGUCAGACAUCACUUACUACCCGGUGGACUCUCAAACCUGUUAUAUCAAAAUCAGCUCCUGGGGCUACACCUCGGGCGAAAUUGACUUAAAAAGCAAAUCUUCAACCAUCUUGUUAGGGUUCUACAGUCCUAAUGGUGAAUGGGAUCUGUUGUCCACUUCGUCAGAGGCCUCAGCUGCGAAGACUCGAGGAGACUUCAGUUUCUCUAGCUUGACCUUUACUGUCCGGGUACAGAGGCGGUUACUUUUUCACACACUUAAUACGAUGUUCCCAGUGGCCUUAAUGGCGUUCCUCAUUCCAAUGGUCUUCAAGCUUCACCCUGACGCUGGGGAAAAGAUUGGCUUUGCUCUCACCGUUCUGCUGGCUUACGCAGUGUACCUGACCAUGAUUUCAGACAGCAUACCGAGUACUUCCUUCACCCCAUGCUAUUUAUCUAUAUAUCUCGUAUUCAUUCUGGCAUUGUCAUCCAUUUCCGUCCUGUGUACCAUACUCGUGCUGAAUUUUAACUUCGGAACUGACGACGAACCUAUUCCAAAUGCCACACGGAUUUUCUUGGUUUCCCUUGUUGCGAAACUGAUAUGCUGGAAACGAAAAAACUGUUGUCAGCGGGCGAGAAAAGUCGCAGAUUCUUCUGUAGAAUUGGUGGAAGAAUUUGAUAGCAAGAAGGAGACAAAGGAGGAAAAUAUAACCUGGCAGGAUCUCUCGAACAUCCUAGACAGGGCGUUCUUCCUCUUAUUCACAAUUGUUAUUACGUUUUCAACAUGCAUAUUCAUUGCUGUUGUUUUUACCCAGCGUGUAACAGAAGAAUAACGCUUGAUGAUUGCCGUAAGAAUUUUGAUAGAAAAAACCCACAAAUGUUUAAUGUGUGUGACAUUUAUUAACAGGAACAUUGAAAUAGCGCAAACUUAUGCAAUAUAUAUCAACAGAGAUCUCCAUCAGCUUUUGACUGUGUGAUGAAACUCUGGGUCGGUAUCAUUUAUUUUUGUAAAAGAAAAUAAAUAAACGAAAAGUCAACAAACGGUUCUCACCUAAAUUGUGAAUAAAUUUCAAAUCGGACACUUUUUCUGCAGUCGAUCAGCAGACACCAAAUAUAUGUUUUCAGAAGUUUCUAUUUUGUCAACUUUUCUACAAGAUAGGAAAAUAUAAAGCAUUUUAAAAAUGUUGAAGUAUGUGUGCCAAAUCUUGACUUUUAUCAAAUAUUUACACUUUGUGAACACUAUUCUGAAAUGUCCUCUACAUCACAAGUCUAUGUAUAAGAUAUAUUCACAUUUUGUAUGCAUUGUUUUGUUAAAAAGUAUUUAUCAUAAUUGCAGUUAGCAUCACGCCAUUCUAAAUGUGAGUAUUUGAAUAGAAUGUUUUCUUUUUUAAAAGAGGCAAAUAAAUGUUCAAGUAUAAACGGAAAUAUAUACACCAAAACACAUACGCUCUCGUAACUAACUUAUUUCAGUGAAAAAUCUAUGAUGUAAAAUAUUUAAGAAAAGACUUAAAAUCAGCUUUUCGAAUCACAAUAUAACAUCAUUUUAAAUCAUUUUGAGGAAAGUGUGUAAAAUGUACACAAUGUAUUUUGAAAAAUCGCAUAUAAUAAAUAUUUUUUUAAAAAUAUUUUUGGGGAAAAUCUCUGAAUAUUUUUCAUAAGGAUUCCUUUAAGUUAUGUCCUUACUCAGAAUCUUAUGACUUUUGAUUACAUGCAUUUUACUUCAAAUUAUUACUGUAAAUUUUACCGAUGGUGCAAUAUAGAAGUCAAAUAAUACCAUUAAUAUACACCGUACAUGUCUUAUUGUCUUUAAUCUGUAAUGAAGCUGAAACCGUGGUAAUCUUUGUUAAUUUUCAGCAGUCGCUUAACUUAUUUUGCUUUCAUGUCGUUUCAAUUUUUCAGUAAUACAUCACUGUUUUAAUACUUAUUGUUGAUGGCUUGUUUGAACGGGAAAAAUAAAAUCAUAAUGGUUAA